UUCCUCUUUCAAGUUUUUCAUUCGCGCACAAAAUGAAAACCGCAUGUAGUGCACGUUCCAACUUGCAUUGAAUAACACCACACUUCACGCUUUCUUAUGUUUCAGAGUUGAAGUAUAUAUACAUAGUCGAAAGAACAUUUGUUCUGCCAGAGGUUCUACUGCUUUCUGUUUCAUUUUUUGGAGGAUUGUGUGAGACAUUAACCUUCCAGUGUUUUACGUGAUUUAAAUAAGACAUAACUGUUCGAGAUGAGCUCGCUGAAACCUAUUGAAGCAAGUAACUGGUAAAGAAAAACAAAACUGAUUUUAUAUGACAAGUAAACCUUCUGUUUGGGAACGAAUAGCUCAAAUAACUGCGGCGUUUAAAAUGAAAGUGAUUACGGAAACCAAUGGAGACAGAGAUUAUCGUUUCAAAGAUUUUGAAAUGAAGAAGACAAUAGGCACAGGAACGUUUGGAAGAGUAUGCUUGUGUCGAGAUAAAGUUACUGGCGGCUACUAUGCCAUGAAAAUUCUAGAGAAAGCUGAUGUCAUUCGCUUAAAACAGGUGGAGCAUGUGAAGAACGAGAAGACUAUUCUUCAUCAAGUUACACAUCCUUUUAUUAUUGAUAUGAUUUGGUCAACACAUGACGACAGCUCCCUCUACAUGCUCUUUGAGUAUGUCUGUGGUGGAGAGUUGUUCACUUACCUGCGAAACGCUGGUAGAUUCAAUGGCACGAUAGGAACUUUUUACGCAGCAGAAAUAGUUCUAGCCCUGGAAUAUCUUCACAAGCAUCAAAUCGUAUACAGAGACUUGAAACCCGAGAAUCUGCUGUUGGAUAGAGAUGGUCAUCUCAAGAUCACAGACUUUGGUUUCGCUAAGAAAUUAACAGACAGAACAUGGACCUUAUGUGGAACACCCGAAUACUUAGCUCCGGAAACCAUUAUGAAUAAAGGUCACAACAAAGCAGUCGACUGGUGGGCUCUUGGAAUACUAAUAUACGAAAUGCUAGCUGGGUACCCGCCUUUCUUCGAUGACAACCCAAUUUCUAUCUAUGAAAAGAUUCUAGGUGGAAAAAUAGAAUGGCCACGGCACAUAGACCCAGUGGCGAAGGACCUAAUAAAGAAGUUACUUAUGCCAGAUCGCACGAAGCGUUUAGGAUGCAUGAAGAACGGGGCCGAUGACGUCAAAAGACAUCGAUUGUUUAAAGGAAUAAGCUGGGACGAUGUUUUAAACAGAAGAGAUAAGCCACCCAUUGUCCCUGAGGUGAAGUCUGAAGGAGACACAAGUAAUUUUGACAACUAUCCAGAAAAGGACAAAAAUAAGAAGUCGCCAUCUCUCAGUGAAAAGGAAAUGGAAAUGUUCAAAGACUUUUAGCUGAUCGGUUUAAGGCUUAACGUGUAGCUAUAGAUAUUAAGUGGAUCAUAUCAGGAUAUGAAAAUAUAGGAGAAAUCUUGUGGUUUUGUGUUAUUUUGUGAACCCAGUUCUUCCAUGCGUAUCGUCAAACACAUUGGAUGUUAUUCACCCAUAACAUUUAUUUUUCCUCAGUGCUCUG